AUGCGCGAGGCUAAGGUCACUCGAAUAUUUGUCAAGUUCUUUGUGGAAGAUGGAGCACCGCUUCAAAUGCUUGUUGAUGAACGAUGGACCGUUGCGGAUACGAUGCAACAACUGGCUGAUAAACAUCACAUUUUCUUGUGCGAAGAUCACUGCAUAGUGGAAGAAUUUCCUGAUUUAUAUAUACGUCGAAUUUAUGAGGAUCAUGAGAACUUGGUAGAAAACAUCCAAAUGUGGGUACAGGAUUCGCCGAACAAGUUGUACUUCAUUCGUCGUCCCGAUAAAUAUCCGUUCAUUGAUCGUCCGGAAUUGUACCUUGUAACAGAGAAGACGGCCGAUCUUGAAGUACCGGCUGGCGACAAUUGGACCAGGGAGGUGAAGACGCAGUUUGUGCAGGAGUUCUUCACUCGUGAGACGGUGUCACCACCUGAACUGGAAGGAUUCUUACACUUGAAAUCAGAUGGACGAAAAAGUUGGAAAAAGCACUUCUUUGUUCUGAGACCGAGUGGACUUUAUUAUGCGCCGAAGGGGAAGAAAUCGUCAAAAGAUCUCCAGUGUUUGAUGAACUUGCACUCCAAUCAGGUGUACACUGGAAUCAACUGGGCCAAAAAGUAUAAGGCACCCACGGAUUGGUGCAUAGCUAUCAAGUUAACACAACUUCAAAUGAAACGUUCACAAUACAUCAAGUAUAUUUGUGCGGAUGAUGAGGCUACGUUCCGACGAUGGCUAGUUGGUCUUAGAAUUGCCAAGAACGGUGUCAAUCUGAUGUCGAACUACGCUCGUGCAUGUGAACGCCGUCGGGAAGCUCUGUCAGUACAGCCCGUCUGUGUGCCACCACCGCGUGUCGCGAGUUCUGCCUCACAGCAGCCGAUCAGUGUGAAUAUUCGUGAACAGCAUGGUGGUCCCACACCUUCAUGUUCUUCUAGUCGACACGAUCUUGGAUCAAAUUAUUCCGAUCAUAGUGGAAAGCCAUCUUCGCUGCAAUCACCCUCGAACACGAGCCGUCUGAGUGCUGUGUCAACCGAACGAUGCAUCAGCGUAGCGAAUUCUACAGCCAUACAUUUCCAAGAGUACGAUGAACAACCAACCGGUACUAUAAAACGUGCUCCACUUGAUGUUCUUCGACGAGUCAGUCACUCAUCGUCUUCAAAUGGAGGAGGCAUGAUAAGUAAACAGUAA